GCCAGCACUUACAUACAGGUAUCAAUCUUUCAUGGGGAACGCCGCCGCCAAAGAAGCCGCCACCCCACCGCCAGCGCCAGCCAAGGAGCUGCCAACGCAGCAGAAGACGGAGCCGUCGUUCCGCGUUCUCUCGGCCGAUCAGCGUGCCAUCACCUUUGAUGAGCGCAAACACCUGCGAACUGGCGCCGACGCUCGCGCCGACCGUGUGACCCUCGGUGCCAUGGCCGACUUCCGGCCUCUGCAGCGCGCCGCUACGUUUGACCCACGUCUGCGCUCGCAGAAGCAGCUACUGACGGCGUCCGACGUGAUGCACCGACGUUUCUUUAACGCAUGCGAGCGACGCGUAAGUACGAGCGCAGAACGCAACCUGUUCCGCAUCGCUGAAGGCGACAAGGAGCGCCAGGAGGCAAUUGUGGUCGUGGAUCCGUAUUCGACGGGUAGUACCAUGGCCGAGAAGGUCCUGGAGCGUGGCUAUCUCUGCGUCUGCGUCUACUCGGAUACUCUCGAAGUGACACAGGAGCGUAUCUCACAC